AUGACGACGAUUGUUCCCACUUCCGAAGAAGAUCCGUUUCUCGCUGUUGUCCGAUUCACUUCCCAGCUCGCCUGGGCUGAUGCUGGUCCCGAGCAAUCUAAGAUUAGUCUAGUUGAGCAACUUCCUAACGUAUCGUUUGAAAUUGUAUUCUUUGCUCAGGCUGCAGAGCCAGAGAUUACCAGGCUAUGUAGAGAGGCUGAGGACUCAAUAGUAGCAGAAAAGUGGUUGGAAUUAGCUUCGUUAAUGGUAACUUCAGCUGAAUUGGUGUCUUCCAAGAUAUCUGAGAAAGAUCUUGAGUGUACCUACACCAUCAUUUGCAGUCUUGUCAAGAAGGCGAAUAACCCUGACGAUGUCCUCGAAUUGGUGAAAGCCAUAUCUUCUAAGGUUGUUCAACAACCGAAUGACAAAGCUUCGCUUCGUUUGAAGAUCCUCUUCAAUCUGUAUAACCUACUGGACCACCCGUAUGCUCGUUUUCAAGUGUACAUGAAAGCUCUAACACUGGCUGUUGACGGGAAGGUUACUGAGUACAUAGUUCCUUCGUUUAAGAAGAUGGACAACUUUUUGAAAGAGUGGAAUAUUGACAUUAAAGAUCAGAGGGAACUCUUCCUUGCCAUUGCUAAUGUCCUGAGAGAAAACAAAAGCUUGGUGAAAGAAUCCCUUCAGUUCUUGACGAAGUAUCUGGCGACUUUCUCCAAUGAGGAUGCUCAGGUCCUAGAUGCAGCUAAGGAGGAGGCUGUGCGUGCAGUUACUGAAUUUGUUAAGGCUUCAACUAUCUUCCAGUGUGAUUUAUUGGAUUUGCCAGCCGUAGCACAGCUGGAGAAGGAUGCUAAAUAUGCACCGGUUUACGAGCUGUUGAAGAUCUUUCUUACUCAGAGAUUGAGUGCCUACACGGAAUUCCAAAACGCAAAUUCGGGAUUUCUGCAAAGCUAUGGACUUGUGGAUGAAGAUUGUGUAGCGAAGAUGAGGCUGUUGUCACUAGUGGACUUGGCCUCAGAUGAAUCUGGCAAAAUACCUUAUGCAUCAAUUAAGGACACUUUACAGGUAAACGAAGAGGAGGUUGAGUUAUGGAUCGUGAAGGCAAUAACAGCGAAACUGAUUGAUUCCGCUGCUCGGAGCGUGAAUUCGGGUCAAAGCAAUGGCAAUCACUUCGAACUAAGCUCGCGACUUGGCGGUACAAUCGAAUCGAACAAGGUAACGGAGGAAGGUUCUCAGGCAUCAUCAUCAUCUACUGCAGCGAUUCAAGGCUUGGCUGUUCGUUAA